CUCCCAAUUCUCCCCCGCCCACCCCCCAAUCGACGUCCAUAUGGCGCCCAAAUCGCGAGUUCCCGAGAAGCCGUCUGCCUCUACGUCAAGUGCGCCGAAAGCAAACAAGGGCAACUCCGCGGACGCGCAACAGAUCGUGCAGGACGUGUGGAACAAAUAUGUCAACAAGACGCCACAGCGGGUCAAGCUCUUGGAUAGCUUCAUGCUCUUCUUGAUCGUUGUUGGUGUGCUGCAGUUCGUCUACUGCUUGAUUGUCGGCAACUUCCCCUUCAACGCCUUCCUCUCCGGCUUCAGUGCAACCGUCGGCCAGUUCGUCCUUACCGCCUCCCUCCGCAUUCAGACCAACCCCGAAAACAAGGCCGAGUUCGAGAGCAUCUCGCACGAGCGCGCGUUCGCCGAUUUUGUCUUUGGCUCGUUAAUCCUGCACUUUUUCUGCAUCAACUUCAUAAACUGAGGGGCGCAUCGAGGAUGUCGGCAUGGUAUCGUGAGCAUAGCUCUUUGCGGGAUUCGAAGGAAGCAUGAUUUGGACUAAGCAAGCCCCGGCGUUCUGUGGGAGGAGAAAAUUCAAUGUGUUAUACCUAGGGCUCGAAUUUACGACACGGACA